AUGGACUUUAUUGAACGACAGGCGGAGGAAUCCGAAGGUGAAGGGUCAUCGUCAUCGUCUUCAUCCACAGAACAUGAUCAGCCCAAAGCGAAGAAAAGGAAGUUACAGAAAGAGAAGAAGAAGAAGAGCAAGCGCGUUGUUGAAAGCGAUGAUGAGGAUGAAGAAGAUGAUGAUGAUGAGCAAGGUGCUGAAGAAAUGAAAGGUUUCAUUGCUGAUGAGGAGGAAGAGGAGGAAGACGCUGAUGAUGACAAAUCAGAAAAGUCCGAGAAACUUGAAGAUGAAGAAGAUGAAUUAGACGAUGACGAUAUCGACUUGAUACAGGAAAACCUGGGGAACAGAAAGGAAAAAAAGCAGCGUAUUAUCCAACCUGAUGAUUCGGAUGAAGAUGUCGAUGAUCGGACGGCCAUUCAAAAGAAGUUAUUUGGGGAGGGCGACGAUGGCGAAGGUCCUUCUAGUCCACGCGAAAGGGACCUUAGUGGUGACGAAUCUGGCAGAGAACGGUAUUCAGAUUCCGAGCAAAGUGAGGACAAUUUUAUCGUGAACGAAGAAGGAGGCAGACAUACGCAUCGUCAUCACAGAAGAAGAGAUGGGAAUAUGCCUGAAGGUGCGUUGGAUGAGGCACGAGACGUAUUCGGUGUAGAAGAUUUCAAUUUUGACGAGUUCUAUGACGAAGACGAAGAGCCUGUAGACGAAGAUGAUGAUGAUCAAGAAGAGCUGAUGGACGACGAGGGUGAAGGUGAAGGGAGGAUGCGUCGAGUUCGGGCAAAAGAGAAAACUAGCACUCUUUUGGACGCUAUGGAGCCUUCAGAGCUUGAAAGAGGCUUUAUGGCUCCGGCUGACAAGAAGAUUCAGCUUGAAGACAAACCAGAGAGAUUUCAAUUGCGAAAAUCUCCUGUUACUGAAGCUGAUGACCUUGAAUUAGAACUCGAGUCUAAGUGGAUAUAUUUUCAUGCGUUCUGCUCUGCAUCCAUUUCCACACAGAAGUCGAACAUUUUGCCUUACGUGAACGAUUAUCGAGGUGAUGACCGGUCGCAGUGCCAAGAUGAAGCUAGAGAAACCAUCAAAGAAGCGUUGAAGUUUAUGCGGAAUCAUCUUUUUGAGGUGCCAUUUAUUGCUUUCUAUCGUAAGGAAUUGGUUAGCAGCGUGUUAACAAUCAAUGACCUUUGGAAAGUGUACGAAUGGGACGAGAAAUGGUGCCAUUUGCAGAACCGGAAAAAGAAGUUAGUGGAAUUGAUGAAACGAAUGCAAUACUAUCAGACUGAGUCACUGCAGAAUUAUCGUCGAGUUAUUUCAGACGUGGAUAUAAUAGAAAUUCAAAAUGUGGACUCGAUAGAUGCCUUAAGCGAUUUAUCGGCACAGUUUCACUUGUACUACGGAUCUGAGGUGAAUCGAAUGUUGGAUUGGGAGGCUGCCCAGAAGGAUAUUGAUGAAGGAGGAGAUGGGACGAACGCGCAUGGAACAAGAUUUAGACAGAGUACACGCAAUGACCGAUAUCAGUUGUGCGUCGACAAUGGUAUUGGAGAAAUGGUUGCGCGGUUUGGAAUCAGUGCACGGCAGCUUGCGGAAAACUUGGACUGGAAGAAGCAUGAUGUUGAACAAGAUCCAGUUGCGCCCAAAGUGGCGGCAGCUGACUACACAAGUUCUUCCUUUCCUACCCCAGAAGCUGUGAUUGCUGGUGCCAUUUAUAUGAUGGCACGAGAACUUAGUCGAGAACCAGUGGCGCGUGAGCGAAUUCGACAAGUGUAUCGUGAGAAUGCAAAGCUGUACGUGCGCCCAACUCAGAAAGGACGGGAGCAUUUGGAUGAGACGAGUCCUGUGUGGAAGAGAAGGUAUGUCAGAGGAAAGCCGGUUUCAAUGCUUGAAGAAGAUGAGUAUUUAUACUAUCACCAAGCUAAGAAAGCUGAACAUCUUGACGUUAAAUUCGUGUUUGAAAAAUACACAGAUAAUGACGUUGUCCUCAGAGUUUUAUCGGAUGCUCUUCUGACUGAGCAGCCAUACCGGGUGGACGAGUACUCCGAUGUGGUCGAAGAGUGGAAUUCCAUUCGUGAGAAAGCUACCAGAAUGGCAAUUGACGAGAUGCUGCUUCCGUUUCUAGAGACAGAAAUGGAACUGAAAUUAUUGGAAGAGGCCAAAGAGAACGUAGUAUACAAAUGUGGUAGAGCUAUGUAUGCGCGACUAGAAUAUGCUGCCUUUCAUCCGUCUGAAGAUCAACUUGAGGAUGAGGACGAUGAUGUCACGCGACAGGGAGAAGUACGUGUCAUGGGAAUUGCUUAUUCGCCUGAUAUGAGUGAAGCUUCUUUUGGCGUACUAGUAGAUCAGGACGGAGCUGUUGUCGACUAUUGUCGGAUGGUUCAUUUUCUGAAGCGUACUGGUGGUUAUGGGCAACAAGGGCAGCUCAAGGCCGAGUCCAUGAAUUUCUUCAAGAAGUUCAUAGAACGUCGACGCCCGCAUGUGAUAGGAUUGUGUGGGGAGAACUUGGAGGCCACUCGCCUUCGACGCGAUGUGGAAGAAUGCUUAAGUAGUAUGGUCGCGGAGGGAGACCUUUCACGUGCUCCACCAGUUCAUAUAAUAGACAAUGAAGCUGCAAAAGUCUAUAUGUUGUCAAAAACUGCUACGUCCGAGCAUUCCGGCUACCCUCCAACUCUCUUGCAAGCCAUUUCACUUGCACGUCUUUUGCUUGAUCCUUUGUUAGAGUAUGCUCAUUUGUGGAACGCCGAUGAAGACAUAUUCUGUUUAGGUUUUCACCCUCUUCAGGGCGAAAUAAGCAAGGAAGUCCUCAGUAAUGUGCUUGCUCGUGAGCUCAUUAAUCGUGUCAAUGAGGUGGGGGUAGAUGUAAACAGGUGUUUGGAGCAUCCGCACACUGCAAACGUAUUACAAUUUGUUUGUGGCCUUGGGCCGCGAAAGGCCACUCACCUUCUGAAAAUGUUGAAGCAACAUGACCACUUACUUGAAAGUAGGACGAAACUAGUCACGCUUUGUCGAAUGGGACCAAAGGUUUUUAUGAACUGCGCUGGAUUUAUCAAGAUUGAUACGACGCGGGUUGCUGAAAAGACGGAUGCUUAUGUUGAAGUGCUUGAUGGAUCUCGUGUCCAUCCAGAAACAUACGAAUGGGCUAGAAAGAUGGCUGUGGAUGCGCUAGAAGUAGACGAUUCAGCCGAUCCGACCACAGCACUAGAAGAGAUUCUUCAAGCUCCAGAUCGGCUAAAAGACCUAGACUUGGACGCGUUUGCUGAAGAGCUAAAAAGACAGGGUUUUGGCGAGAAGAAAGCAACACUCUACGAUAUUUCUGCUGAGUUGAACCAUAGGUAUAAAGACCAGCGAAGACCGUUCAUUCCACUGAGCGAUCAGGAAUUGUUUGGGUUGUUGACCAAAGAGUCCAAGAAUUCCUUAAUAGAAGAGAAGAGAGUAUGUGGCGUUGUAACAGGAGUUCAGUUUAAAAAGAUUCCCGAAGACCAACGACAAGCUUACAUUUCUGGACAGGAACACAUGCAACGCAUCCAAGAGUCAGAGUAUUGGGAGUGCUCAUUCUGUAGAAUGCCGAUUAUUUCGAAUAAACUGUACGAGCAUCUACAAAUAAGAGACUCUCGAAAGGGUGGAUGUCCUGGAAUUCCUGUUGGUAUUCGUGUUAGACUAGACAACGGAAUAAGCGGAUUCAUCCCCAACAAGAUGAUUUCUGAUAAACCUGAAUCGUUCAAAAACCCUUUGGAACGAGUAAAGAUGAAUCAACCAAUAUAUUGUCGUAUCAUCAAGCUAGAACCUGAAAAGUUUUCUUGUCUCUUGUCUUGUCGUUCAUCUGACCUUAACAAAGAACCGACCACUGAGCAUGAUCACUACUGGGACAGUGAUGCUGAGAAAGAAGAUAUAGAGAAAGAUCGAGGAGCAAAAAUCCAGAAGGCCGAGAGUAACUUCACCCAUCGUCAAAUUGUUCACCCGCAGUUCCACAACGUUAGCUAUCGUGAAGCUCAGAGAAUGCUCGGGAGUAAAGAUACGGGUGAUAUUGUCAUCCGUCCAUCAGCGAAAUCAAACAAUCGGUUGACAAUUUCGUGGAAAGUCACUGAUGGUGUCGUUGGAAACAUCGAUGUUGAGGAACAUGAUAAGGACGAUCCUAGUGAACUUGGGCGACGUCUUACUAUUCUGGGAGAGGAAUUUGAUGACCUUGACGAAGCGAUUGCUAGAUUUUUAUACCCAAUGGCAGAUCUCUGCAGAGACGUGAUGUCACAUAAGUAUUACAUGGAUGGAACAUUCUCUGAAGAGAGGGAUAAAGUGGAACAAAAAUUGCGCGAUGAGAAGAGAGCCUCCCCAUCUCGGAUACCAUAUACAUUAACCGCAUCUAGAACAUAUCCUGCAAAGUUUGUGCUUUCAUAUUUAGCCAGGGUAAAGCCAUGUCAUGAGUACAUUUCGGUGACCAGCGAAGGACUCAAAUUCCGGCAAAAGUUCUUCCCUUCUCUUGACCAAUUGCUCGCUUGGUUCAAAGUACAUUUCCGAGAGCCACCACCUGGACUCAACGUUCAACAUCGUCGGUAA